AGUAUGAGGAUACUAAUUUUAGACAGUUAAAAACAAACAACAAAGUCUCAACAUGCUCCCAGACUGUAGCCUCACCAGGAUGGAGCUCCUAUGUGUUAUACAUGUUAAAUAUGUCCUCUUCAGAGCUGCCUCUGAGUAUGUGCCCUAGGCCAGGUGAAAAGACAUUUUCACAAAAACAAAUAAAGAAAUAGCAAACGGAAAUUUCCACUAGGAAGAUGAUUCUGCAGUUACUAGGAGGUCAGCAUUAUUGUGCCUUUAAAAAUAGUGUCCCUAUAUUAAUUUUUUUUCCUAAAAAUGCUACAGAAAAAGGGGGGAAAAGAGUUCUUUUAUGAGCUAUUUUAUCCUUUUUUUGUCCUCUCUUGCAGUCGACUUUUUGGCAAAAUACUGCAUCUUCAGCCAGGAGAAGUUGGCUAAGUACAAAAGGGCUUUUGAAGCGGUGGAUACCGAUGGAGAUGGCUACUUGAACUGCAUGCAAGUUUUGAUGGCACUGAAAGAAAUAGUCCCUUCAGAAGCAUUAACUGAUGCAGAAGAACUCUAUGUAUACAGGAUUUUAGAGAUUGUUGACUAUUAUGUAACAGAUGGCCUGACAGACCUCCGACUCUUUGCAGUGAUGGCUAGCUUGGCGCAGAAAAUAGCAUCACUAGACAAUUUUAUGAAAUCAUUGAUUGGUCGCAUGGAUUUUAAGGCCCUGGAAUUGAAAAUAUACAAAGCUAAGCAAUUAUUUUUGUGGAAUAUCGAUUCUCAGUCUUGCAGCUUCACUGUGGACCAGUUUUUGGUUGAACUGAAGGCCGGAGGGAUAAGUGAAGAACAUGAGGCAGCUGUACAAAGGGAACUGCAACAUAUCCAAAAACUAGAUGUUCUGGAUUUCCUGACUUACCUGCCACUCUUUGUUCUUAUCCAUAACUCUGUCAUUGCCAAUCCACUGGAUGAUUCAAGAACAAUUUGACAAACUACGUCAACUCUAGCAGAAGG